AUGGCGCAUUCAAAGGAGUGGCAAAAGAUGCUACGCGGAGAGUUGUACUGGGCCUGGGACGAAGAUCUACAAGCGAAUCGAACACGAUGCAAAAAAGCAUGCGACGAGUUCAAUGCCGCGGGCGCAGUGUGCCGGCGUCGCAUGGUGGAGCUUUGGAGAAAUAUUGUUUGCGACGAACGACCCAUGCCGCCAGUGAACCCGGACCCGAAAGAAGACGAAGCGCUCUUCGAGGAAACCGACCCAUUCGUGGACGGACCUAUCUCAGUGGACCACGGGCUGAACCUCAAGGUUGGCAAAGGCACGUUUCUCAACUUCAACUUGCUUGUUCUUGAUACAUGCCUCAUUACGAUCGGAGAGAAUGUCUUGUUUGGACCAAACGUCUCCAUCUACGGUGCGACGCACCCUCUUGAUCCGGCGGUGCGGCGGGGUCUGAAAGGGCCGGAGGCGGGGAAGGAGAUUCAUAUUGAAGAUGAUGUUUGGAUUGCGGGUAGUGUGAUUAUUCUCGCUGGUGUGCGUAUUGGGAAAGGGAGUACUGUUGGGGCGGGCGCUGUGGUUACCAAGGAUGUUCCUCCGUUCCAUUUUGUUGCUGGGAACCCGGCGAAGAUUAUUCGAAAGAUUGAGACGAGCAUGGAAUCGGAGGGGCAAUGA